AUGUCUCUGUCGAUGUUACUGCCAACGUCAUCGACCAACGUGAAUGCUGGUGUCCCUGUCGAUAUCACUGCACAAGUCACUGCCAAUGUGAAUGCCGAUGUCACUGUGGACGCUACGCCCCAUUUAAACGUCAGUGUCAUCCUCAACCUGAAUUUCUAUGUAACUGUCGAUGUUACUGCACUCGUCAGCGCUAGUGUGACUGCCGAUGUCACUGUCGAUGUUACUGCUCAUGUCACCGCGAAUGUGAAUGCCGAUGUCACUGUGGACGCUACGCCCCAUUUAAACGUCAGUGUCAUCCUCAACCUGAAUUUCUAUGUAACUGUCGAUGUUACUGCACUCGUCAGCGCUAGUGUGACUGCCGAUGUCACUGUCGAUGUUACUGCUCAUGUCACCGCGAAUGUGAAUGCCGAUGUCACUGUGGACGCUACGCCCCAUUUAAACGUCAGUGUCAUCCUCAACCUGAAUUUCUAUGUAACUGUCGAUGUUACUGCACUCGUCAGCGCUAGUGUGACUGCCGAUGUCACUGUCGAUGUUACUGCUCAUGUCACCGCGAAUGUGAAUGCCGAUGUCACUGUGGACGCUACGCCCCAUUUAAACGUCAGUGUCAUCCUCAACCUGAAUUUCUAUGUAACUGUCGAUGUUACUGCACUCGUCAGCGCUAGUGUGACUGCCGAUGUCACUGUCGAUGUUACUGCUCAUGUCACCGCGAAUGUGAAUGCCGAUGUCACUGUGGACGCUACGCCCCAUUUAAACGUCAGUGUCAUCCUCAACCUGAAUUUCUAUGUAACUGUCGAUGUUACUGCACUCGUCAGCGCUAGUGUGACUGCCGAUGUCACUGUCGAUGUUACUGCUCAUGUCACCGCGAAUGUGAAUGCCGAUGUCACUGUGGACGCUACGCCCCAUUUAAACGUCAGUGUCAUCCUCAACCUGAAUUUCUAUGUAACUGUCGAUGUUACUGCACUCGUCAGCGCUAGUGUGACUGCCGAUGUCACUGUCGAUGUUACUGCUCAUGUCACCGCGAAUGUGAAUGCCGAUGUCACUGUGGACGCUACGCCCCAUUUAAACGUCAGUGUCAUCCUCAACCUGAAUUUCUAUGUAACUGUCGAUGUUACUGCACUCGUCAGCGCUAGUGUGACUGCCGAUGUCACUGUCGAUGUUACUGCUCAUGUCACCGCGAAUGUGAAUGCCGAUGUCACUGUGGACGCUACGCCCCAUUUAAACGUCAGUGUCAUCCUCAACCUGAAUUUCUAUGUAACUGUCGAUGUUACUGCACUCGUCAGCGCUAGUGUGACUGCCGAUGUCACUGUCGAUGUUACUGCUCAUGUCACCGCGAAUGUGAAUGCCGAUGUCACUGUGGACGCUACGCCCCAUUUAAACGUCAGUGUCAUCCUCAACCUGAAUUUCUAUGUAACUGUCGAUGUUACUGCACUCGUCAGCGCUAGUGUGACUGCCGAUGUCACUGUCGAUGUUACUGCUCAUGUCACCGCGAAUGUGAAUGCCGAUGUCACUGUGGACGCUACGCCCCAUUUAAACGUCAGUGUCAUCCUCAACCUGAAUUUCUAUGUAACUGUCGAUGUUACUGCACUCGUCAGCGCUAGUGUGACUGCCGAUGUCACUGUCGAUGUUACUGCUCAUGUCACCGCGAAUGUGAAUGCCGAUGUCACUGUGGACGCUACGCCCCAUUUAAACGUCAGUGUCAUCCUCAACCUGAAUUUCUAUGUAACUGUCGAUGUUACUGCACUCGUCAGCGCUAGUGUGACUGCCGAUGUCACUGUCGAUGUUACUGCUCAUGUCACCGCGAAUGUGAAUGCCGAUGUCACUGUCGACGCGACUGCACUUCUCAUCGCCAAU